AUGGUUACAAAUACAACUCUUCCGUUUUGGUUUGAUCACGUGGAAGGUGUUGUCAGUUAUACAUUUAUGAUUGCCACUUUUAUAACAAUACCUGUCGGAUUGUUAGAGAUUUUUAUUUUGAUAAAUUUGAGAAAUACAACAUACAAAGGUAUUCAAGCUAUAUUUUUAAAUUGAAAAAUUGAAAAUUUUCAGGAAUGUUCUAUCAAAUUUUUAUCAUCGGAUUAACUGUGGAUAUGAUUUCAUUACUGAAUAACUAUUUUGGUUGUGUUUUCCCAGCCAAAGGGUAGGAAAACAAUUAUGGAAGCUGUUUAUAAAUAUUGUUUCCAGAUACUUCACUGAUUUAUAUUUGUCACAAGGAGUUUUGGUUGGAAAAAUAUAUUUGGUUGUUGCUUGGACGUCAAGAGGUAUUCAAGGAUGUACAGUUGUAGCAUUGGCUUUGAAUAGAGCUACUGCUGUUUGUUUACCAAUAAAACAUAAGAGAGUGAGUUCAAGAGAAUUGAAAGAAACAAAACUCGGAAAUUUCUGUUUGAAAGUAUGGAUUAGUUAGGAAUCCCCUAGAAUCUUCGAUAUGUGAUUUCAGUUUUUUUCAGAAAAACCGAAAUUUCACAAAUAUUGAUCCAAGUUUAUAAAAAUUGCUAUUUUCAAAUUUCAGAAAUUCAAUAACACUUUGAACAAGUUUUUUUGCGCUGAAUGUAGAUGAGAAAUUGAAUUGUACUCUAGUCUUCAAAAUAGUUGAAACCCGAGAAGUAAAAUGUUCAUUAUCUAAAUAGUGAAAACGAUAUUCCUGAAUAAUAUACGCUCUGAUUUUUUGUUUUUGUGAACUCUAGUUUUCAAACAAUUCUCAAAAUAUAUUCUAACUAGACUUGUUCCCUCAGAUUUGGCACUCGAAAUAUUCUCCAUUGAUUCAUGUUUUUCAAAUUGGAAUUGGAGCAUGUGUCGGGCUCAGUUUAUUUUCUCAAAGUUUUCAUUGGAAAGUUGAAAAUGACGGAUUGUAUGUUCAAUUUGACAAUCUCACAUUUCGUUCACAUUUUUUUAUUGCUGCCAACAUAAUUGAAUCAUUUUUUGUUGCACUCAUUAUUAUAAUUAAUAUAACAAUGUUAAUGUAUUUCAAGAAAAAAUAUAGAAUGGUAAGAUUAUAUCGAGAUGAGUUCCGAGAAAAAAAAUAUUUUUCCAGAGAACUAUAAGUCUUGCCAAAGGGUCAGCACAUAAUCAUAAAAUUAUCAGCGAAAAACAGCGGCAAGAAAACAAUUUGACAAUCGUUGCUGUUUUAACAUGCGGUGCCGAAAUUGCUUAUUAUAUCUAUGUGAUUUAUGUUUUUGGAAUCAACACAAAUGUUCCAACAAGAGUAAGAAAACGUUUCAGUUCCGAAAAAAGUUUAUAAUAAAGCAAUUUCUUUAGGUAUUCUACAUGUGGUAUGAUAUAAUAAAUGAUAUAUAUUGUGGAUUAUCAUGUUGGCUUCUGAUAAUAUAUUCAAGAUCGAUGAGAAGUCACGUGUUACGCAUUUUACGAUUUCCAAAUCGUGGAUGUUUACAAUUAUCACCAUCCGAACAUCAUCCAUCAUCAGCAACAAAUCCAGAAAUUUUAAAGAAAUCAUCAAUAAGAAGAAUGGAUCUUCCAACACCUUGUUAA